GUGAUAUCGCGCCGCGCCACUCGACAAAAUGAUUGUGUGUUCAAUUGUUUACGUUAACGAUAGUUGAUAACCGGGAGGCCGACGCUGGCAUGCUAAUUCGGACUGUUGGUGGGGAGUCGUGGACUGGUUGUCGUGGUCGCGCGGGCGUUGGACGCGCGGUUUUCUCGCGCGCGGGCUGCACAUCGCGCGGUUCUGGCGGGCCAGCGCCAUGCGGUAGCGCGGCGGCGCGGCCGAGCGGCGGGCGAGCACUCGUGCGCUCUCGGCUAUGUGCCCCCCUUGCGCUACACUGUAAGUCUCGAUCUGUCGAUGACGCAACCAAGGAGGACCCAUGUCUUACUGGGGUGGUGUUAGCCUAAGAUGGUGUUGGCGCUGGUGGUCGGAGUGUUGUGCGUGUGGGGCCGCCUGAGCGACGCAAACCCAGAAGCGAAGCGGCUAUAUGACGACCUGCUUUCCAACUACAACCGCCUCAUCCGGCCCGUUGGCAACAAUUCUGAUCGACUCACUGUCAAGAUGGGACUUAGGCUCAGUCAGCUCAUCGACGUUAAUCUUAAGAAUCAAAUCAUGACAACGAACGUGUGGGUAGAACAGGAAUGGAACGACUACAAAUUGAAGUGGAACCCUGACGACUACGGCGGUGUGGAGACUCUGCAUGUACCUUCUGAACACAUAUGGUUGCCUGAUAUUGUAUUGUACAAUAACGCCGACGGUAACUACGAAGUGACAAUUAUGACGAAAGCAAUUCUUCAUCACGACGGUAAAGUAGUGUGGAAACCACCUGCCAUCUACAAGUCCUUCUGUGAGAUUGACGUGGAGUACUUCCCUUUUGAUGAGCAGACCUGCUUCAUGAAGUUCGGCUCUUGGAGUUACGAUGGCUACAUGGUGGACUUGCGGCACUUGAAACAGACGCCAGACUCAGACCGCAUCGGAAUGGGGAUUGAUCUGUCGGAGUACUACAUCUCAGUGGAAUGGGAUAUCAUGCGAGUCCCUGCCACGAGGAACGAAAAAUUUUACUCCUGCUGCGAAGAACCGUAUCCUGACAUCAUCUUCAACAUCACUCUCAGAAGAAAAACUCUGUUCUACACGGUCAAUCUCAUCAUCCCUUGCGUUGGGAUCUCAUUCCUAUCAGUCCUUGUAUUCUACCUUCCUUCAGACUCUGGAGAGAAAAUCUCGCUCUGUAUUUCGAUUCUUCUAUCAUUGACCGUGUUCUUCUUACUGUUGGCAGAAAUCAUUCCUCCAACUUCGCUAACAGUUCCCUUGUUAGGAAAAUAUUUGUUGUUCACUAUGAUGCUAGUUACAUUAUCAGUAGUUGUCACUAUCGUGGUGCUAAACAUAAAUUUUAGGUCGCCAGUUACCCACCAUAUGGCCCCGUGGGUGCGGAAAGUCUUUAUAGAUUUUUUACCCAAAAUAUUAUGUAUACAGAGGCCAGAAAAACCGCCCGAUGACGACGAUGAUAACGAUAAACCAAGCGAGAUACUCACGGAUGUCUUCGGCCCGGAUGACAUGGAUGGAAAGUUCAAGGAAUGGGGUUGUGAGGAAUAUGAACUGCCAGGAAUGCCUCCUUCCCCUCCGCCUCCACCAGGAGGUGACGACGAACUAUUCUCCCCGCCUCCUGGAUCCCCGUGCCGCUUAGACUUAGAUGAUGGUAGCCCAUCUCUAGAAAAACCGUACGUUAGAGAGAUGGAAAAGACAAUAGAAGGUUCUAGAUUUAUUGCACAGCAUGUCAAAAAUAAGGAUAAGUUUGAAAGUGUGGAGGAUGACUGGAAGUACGUAGCGAUGGUGUUGGAUAGAAUCUUCCUGUUCCUGUUCACGAUAGCCUGCGUACUGGGUACGGCGCUCAUUAUAUUCAGGGCGCCUACCUUCUACGACAACACGAAGCCGAUAGACAUUCUGUACUCAAAGAUCGCGAAGAAAAAGUUGGAGCUCCUGAAGAUGGGCUCUGAAGGUGACCCGGGUCUCUGA